GCGAUGGCCUAUAAAACAGAGUCCGUCUUUACCUGUGAACACUUGCUUCUCCUCUGGAAUUGCUUUUGAUUCCAUAAAAAUGGCUGCCAUGUUUUCUUCUUCCGAAAUUUCUAAAACAGCAUCUUCCUUACUCUCUGCUUAUGCCUCCUUUGCAGGGUCCAUGAUGCUGGUCCGGUCCAUGGCCAAUGAACUUAUUCCCCACCAGCUCAGAUCUUACCUUUACUCUGCAUUUCGCUACUUCUUCACUCCUCUCUCCCCCGACCUCACCCUCGCCAUCGACGAGCGGUGUGGGAUGAGCAAGAACCAGGUUUACGAAGCAGCCGAGGUCUACCUCAGCACCAGGAUCAGCCCCAAAACGGAGCGCCUCAAGCUCAGCAAAACCAGGAAACAGAAGCAUUUCACCAUCGGCCUCGAGAAGGGGGAAUUGAUCGUCGAUGGUUUCGAAGAUGUUCGAUUGACGUGGAGGUUUGUUUGUACGGAAGGCCAGAAGCCUCACGGUGGGGAGAAGAAACACUUCGAGCUUAGCUUCAACAAGAAACACAAAGACAAAGUUCUGGAUUUUUACUUGCCCUACGUUUUGCACAAAGCCGAGGAGAUAAAGAAGCAAGACAAGGUGAUAAAGCUUUAUAGCCGUCAAUGUCCAUUCAGCUGUGAAGAUGACAAUGAAAGAAGAGGGGGUUCUUGGGGUUCCAUAAUUCUGGAACACCCUGCUACUUUUGAUACAUUGGCUAUGGACCCAGCUCUGAAAAAGAUGAUCAUCGAUGAUUUGGAGAUGUUCCUUAGGAGGAAAGCGUAUUAUAACAAAGUGGGGAAGGCUUGGAAAAGAGGGUACUUGCUAUAUGGUCCUCCUGGAACUGGUAAAUCCAGUUUGGUUGCCGCCAUGGCUAAUUAUCUCAAAUUUGAUAUAUAUGAUUUGGGGCUCACCAGUGUACGCUCUGAUGCUGAGUUAAGGCGGACACUGCUAUCCACUACCAAUCGCUCUAUACUGUUGAUUGAAGACAUAGAUUGCAGUUCUGAGGUUCUUGAACGACAAAUGAGAAACAAAAACAAAAAGCUACCAGAUAGAACUGGGCAGUUGACACUAUCUGGUAUAUUGAACUGCAUCGAUGGCCUGUGGUCAAGCUGUGGGGAUGAGAGAAUCAUUGUGUUUACAACCAACUAUAAGGAUCGGAUAGACCCUGCUCUGUUACGGCCUGGUCGAAUGGACUUGCACAUCAACAUGUCCUAUUGCACCACGGAUGGAUUCAGGCUUUUAGCUUCUAAUUAUCUAGGAAUCAGCAGCAAACACAACCCUUCCUUCGCAGAAAUAGAUAGCUUGCUAAAUAGUACAGAGGCGACCCCAGCAGAGGUAGCUGAGGAAUUGAUGAAGAGUGAUGAUCCUAAUAUUGCUCUUCAAGGUCUUGUUAACUUCCUCAAACGCAAGAGAGAUGAAGCCGAUGAUGAAACCGAGAACAAAGCAACAGGUUGUGGUGAAGUUGGCUCCUCCGUCAGAAGAUUGAAUGCGAUAGUAUCAAGAGUUAAGAGAUUGAAAACCAAUGUUGAUCAAAGGAAAAUUAUGAUGAGGAAAAGAAAAUAGCAUGAAGAGAAAAAAAUGUGAUUUCUUUUUUCAUUUUUGUAGGAACCUUCUUGUUAAUAAAAUCAUCUCUGCAACUCUAUUGAAGAUUUAA